AUCUUUUUUUUCCCAAACGGUCACGAUCAAACAGCAGGCAGUAUCGAUCCUGAAGGAAAUAACCGUAUGAAAUGCGGUCUUUGUUUCCCCACUCGUCUUGGGAUAAGUCGAAUACGAACGGUCUACAGUGCACCUAGUCAACUCAAGGUUCUGUCUGAUCCCACCCCCCUACCUUACUCUGAUCUGUCGACUCCUGAAGCGGCACGAGGCCGUAAUGCCACAAUUCGCUCUCUCCUUGCCCAGGGCAACCACGGUACCGCCGAGAAAUUCAUCAAUCGCUUCAUUGUUGCUGCCAGCCGUUUGGAGCAACCACAGCAAAACGCUGUCCUUAAUUCCGCUCGGAGACCAAUUUCCACUCUCAUACAUGCAUAUGUCAGAGCUGGAAUGCCGCAUCAUGCUGCCCACCAUGUAUAUGUAAUGCUGGACAAAAAGAGACCACUGAAGACCAGGACAUUAGUCGCUGUCAUCAACAGUCUAUUAUCAUUGGUUCCUGAUGAGGUUGGAGAGAAGGAUCCGAAACGCCAUUUCUUCGCGAGUUAUGUGCUGUCGCUCCAAUCCCAGCGGGUGACGAAUGCAUCCUUACGCAACGCUAUGGAGCUCUGGAUCAUGGCCGAAAAGGCUCGACUUCCCGCAGCGAAGGUGACCUUUCAGGAUCUCCUGACGACUUUGAUCGCGCAGGAAGAAUGCGUGUCUGCAGGUGCGGUAUUUUCCCGAGUGUCACGGCGGCAUUGGGAAUACAUGGUCAUGAGAGACAUGCAUCAUCAUCCCCGAGACGUUACUAUGACGAAUCAGCGGUUCCCUAUCAACCCUGCCGAAGCACCCGCGUAUCCAGACCCACGAUUAUUUGAGAAUGUCGUAUCUGUUUGCAUGUCAGUCCUUCGACGCACCGAAGCGACUCGUGGGCAGCAACAGAUUCGCCGUUCUGCAGGUCAUGGAUUAAUCUUUCUCGCCAGCCUCCUUCAUCACCGCCAAAUACCUUUCCCAGAAGUCGGACCUCUCAUUUCUGCAUUAUUUUAUUGUAUGCUACUUUCCGACAGUCUAUGGGUUCCAGAGAACCCAUUCGGAGGAGCCUUGCAUUCGUUUCAACGUCAAACACUGAGGCUUGGACAAUAUGCUCAUGGUGUCAUUAAGAGUCUCGCAAGACGACUCCCUAAUCGAAGUCCACCGACUGCUUAUCGAUCACAACGCUACAGCAUCCUUCCAGUCCUCUCAUACGAUUCAUAUCGCGUUCUACUCAUGGGCCUAAUUGAGUCUUUUCACGACCCAGUCCUCACGCUCGAGGUGUGGGAGUCGAUGGUGGAACAGCACCAAGGGACUCAGGACCCAGAAGAGUUUGCAACAAACUUCAUGGCUAGUUUACCAGAGGAGGGGGUUUUUCGAGCGAGGUUCGACAAGAUCGUGCGUCGGUGGCGGAGAUCACGAGGGAGAAAAGUAACGAUUCCUAUAUUCACGCAGGAAGGUGAGACGAAGAUGAAUGAGCUCAUGGAAGCAUUAGGUGAGGCAAUUUCUGGUGGGAAGAUUAAUGCCAGAGAUUCCGAGACGCCUACGAUACCUCCUUCAGAAUCUUAGAUUCUUUACUUGCUCAUGCGCUAUUUUCGAGAUCAACAUAUGAAAGCUAUGUCGGGAUCAUAUAUUGUGUAAUAUAUAUACUUUAGAGUCCAUCU